AUGAAUGAAUCAAAGAAACGAGCAUUAACCCUGACCCCCAACUCCAAUAUGCAGGCGAUACCAGGUAAGAAACGAAUGUUAAAUGGAUCUCCACAAAGAUUAACAAAAUUACAACCAAGCUCAAGUGAAGCUAUCGAUUGGCAAAGACAGUACAUAGUCCAGAAAAGCGAAUUAAAGCGUACUAAAAAGCUAAAUCAGUAUUUGGAGUUGGAAAGAAAAUGCUAUAAGAGUGGGCUAUAA